CGCCGCGGUCAGCAUGCUGCGCGGACCCCGACCUCUGGCUCCCGCCGCCUUGCAGCUCCCCGAGGGGAUGACCGCCUUGAGCCCCCCGGAGCUGUGGUCGCCCGGCCUCAGCAGCCCCCAGCUCUGCCCGGCCACCACCACCUACUACGCCUCGCUGUACCCGCAGACGGCGCCUCUUGUCGUGGCCCCCAGCAGCUGUCUCGACGCCACCCCCCACCGACCCGAGGGCCAAGUGGUGCGCUGCGUGCCUGCUGGCCGGCUGCCGGCCAAAAGGAAGCUGGACCUGGAGGGCAUCGAGAGGCCUGCAGUCACUGAAUUCCGGACUCCCCUGGGGAAGUGCAUCCCAGUGGAUGGCCUGCCCAGUCCCAAAACUCCCGCAGAUGCUUUUCUUAACUUUCUAGUCCGCACACUGGCCUAUGUGACUUACCAGGACAUUCGUGCUGUGGGCACCUUUAAGGAGCAGACGGUGAUUGCUGUCAAGGCCCCUCCACAGACCAGGCUGGAAGUGCCCGACAGGGCUGAGGAGAGCCUGCAGAUAUAUCUGAAGAGCACCCAAGGGCCCAUAGAAGUCUACCUGUGCCCAGAGGAGGUACAGGAGCCUGACAGUCCAGCCAAGGAGCCCCUCCCCUCCACCUCUACCCUCAGCCCCAGCUCUGACUGUGCCCAGCCCAGUAGCAGUACCAACCCUGGGAUCUCGGAGCCAGCAGUGUCCUCAGCUCUAGCACUGACUCCUCAGCAAUCCCUGCCACCUGCAGCACCAUCCCUUGUCCCCUUGGAGGCCACCGACAGCAUGCUGGAGCUGCCACAGCCACUUCUGCAGCAGACCGAGGACCAGUUGCUGUCCCCAACCCUGGCCUGCAGCUCCCCUUUGAUUAGCUUCUCCCCGCCCUUGGACCAGGAGGACUACCUCUGGGGCCUGGAUGGGGGCGAGGGCAUCAGUGACCUCUUCGACUCCUAUGACCUUGGGGACCUGUUGAUCAACUGAGUGACCCUGUCUGUCCCCAGCAGACCCCCCCCCCACCUCUACCUCCUCACAGACUGACAGGGGACCUUGGACACAAGGUACUGCCCUCAGGGUAUGAGGUCUCCUCUCCUUUCCAACUUCCCUGGCAGAAGCCAGCUGGGCCAUGUGGAGAUGGGUGAGGAGCAUGUCAGGGGUUGGGGUCUUGUUCUUCCUCUUCUGACCUCUGACCUUUCACAUGAAGGACCACAGGUACAGGUGACCAUGUUCAGGGAAAGGCCCUGCCCCUCCUUUUGAGAGGCAAGUAGGGCCCUUGAUUUUCCAAGAAGCACUUAAUACCUUUGUAUUUAUUUCAGGUUGAAUUUUUUUAUGUUCUCCCUGAAUUUUAGCAGGGAGAUUGUUCUAGUUUCUAGCAAGCCUUCUCCUCAGACAGGCUCAUCUCUGCCCAACUGUCCAAGGGUAGAGCUGGGCUUCCAGAAGCGCAGCUCCCCACAGAGUGACAGCAGGGUCUGUGAAGGGGCCCGCCCAGUUUGCUAGAAUGUUAAUUGCACUUAGGCCUUAUAAUUCUAGUAUGUGCCAGGCCCUUUUUCCUUUCUAGAGCUCAGUCUGGCAUCUCCAGCGAAGUGUCAGCCUGGGAUCCCUGGUCUCCAUCCCAGAGGUUCUAGUAGUUUCCUUGGGGAAGGCAUCAUGUAGGUUCCUGUGGAGAUGGGAGCAUGUAGUUCAGGUGACUCCUGUCUGAUGGAAUUCCUUACCUCUCCCUUGCCUUAGAAUGUAAAAGCCCUCUGGGGACUUGCAGAGAGAGCUCCUGACAAAACCAGAUGUUCAGGGGCAUCCAUCUUGGCUGCAGAGGGCACCUUGCCCUUAUCCCUUAUUACAAGGUUGAGGUAAAAACAGGAAGUGCUUCCAGGAGCUGCUCCUGCUUUCUUGGGAGGACUUUUUUUUUCCUUUCUUUUUUGGCCACGGUUGAUUCUUUAAGGAUUCCCAGUCUACCUCCAAGCUCUCACACAGACCUCUGAGGACAGAGGUGACAGGGCUUUGGAGUGUGGAGAGCGUUAACAGAAAGUGUCUUCACUGCAAACCAGGCCUUGACAGUUAAUUAUGGGCUCGUGUUAACUUCUUUAGCUUUGGGGGUAUGGGCAGAUUCUUUAGUGUCACCCCUUUUCCACAGGGAAUGACCACCCAUAGUAUUCAGUACCCUUAGCCCAGCUGGGCCAGGGAUUCAGCUCUGCUCACCUUCUAGAGAGGCACCCAGGGGUGAGGGUCUAAGUGGCCUCUCACCUACCCUCAGGGAGCUGGGUUCCUCAGAGGCUCCAUUGGGCAGCACUUUCUUUUGUUUGUUUAUAGCAUUAAGUUGAUUUAAAAUAUGAAGUUGUCUGGUUGGGUUGAUCCUGGGCUGACUGGCUGACAUUUUGAAGUUUGGAAUGUGGGUUUUUGUUGGAGGUGUGGCCAUUUGGGAGCUGAUGUCCAACUGAGAAGGGUCAUGUAGCCCCCUCCUAGGAAUAGCCAGCAGCUCGAAGACGCUCCCACUUAAUUUCAUAUGCUUCAUAGAAAUGACUUUGUAGUCUCUUCACACACACUUGGGGGUCUCAUUAGAAGUCUACUUUGAAACCCAGAAUGCUGUUGGCUUUUGGGUGAGGAUGGGGCUGUUGGAAGGGAUCUGGUCUGGAGCAAGUGGGGUGUUACUGCUCCGGGGUUUCCAUUUCACUUUGAACCAACACAAAGCAGAGAUGCUUGGCUUUUAUACCUUGGACUCUGUCUGGAGAUGUCUUUGAACUUCAUUGGAAGAAAGGGAGAAGAGGCCUGCAGAACCCAUCUGGAAUAAGUUUUAAUGCUAAGUCUGGCUAAAUUUCAAGCUCUUUCCCCAAAGAUGCAACCAUAGGGCUGGACAGGGCCUUCAUGAACAGCUGUCUCCUCCAAACCCUCCCUGGCCACGGGGCCAGAUCCCCUAGAUUCAGCCUUUGCCUCAGGUCUCUUUCUUGACAGUGAUACAAGACCUCCCAGGUUCAUAGACUGCUAUAAAUAUACCAUUGUGAAUGGUGUUUCCUUUAGGGGUCAUGUGAACUUCAGUGUAGUAGAGAGAUGGUUUCUUCUUUCUAAGAGAAAUGAUUUCUACUGGGCAAUUUCGCAGCCCCAUUAGCAGCCCCCAAGUCACUUGUCCCCAGGGACACCAACUAGUAGCAUGAAGUUGUUAGCAGAGUUCAAAGUUUCUUAACAUCACUGAAGAUUCCAGAACAUGCCUUCUCCUUGGUGGCUCCUUCUCCUCCUCUUUCUCCCCAGUGUUGCCAUCAGCUAGUGUGGCUAUAGGCAAGGGGGAGAUGGGGAAACUUGCAAACUGGUUCGAGUUUGUUUCCCCUCCCCAUGUGGUCUCCACCUCCCUUUCCUUCCACACAGUGUUCAGUGUUGUAAUGAGUUUGGGUGUGCCAGCAUUGAGGUGUAUGUGGCUUAACGCAUUUGAAGUGAAAACCUUUGGGAUUGGUUGGAAACAGCUUUGUGAUUCUGUUGUAUCCAAAGGUCCCACUGUAUUGUGAGAACCUGUUCUUCUACAAGGCCCCCUCAGUAACCAUGGUGUCCAGUAGCCCAGACAGCCAGCUGGCUCCUGAAUGGGUGAGAUGAAGAAGCCUGGCACGAGUUAUUGGUCUCGAGGGUGAGGUGGCCCCAGGGGAACCUAGACUCUGUAUAGGGACCCCAUGUUGGCCAAACACCCAUAGUCUGGUUUCACUUUUAAGUCCUGCCUUGGUAAGCACCAGCUGGGCCUCCUCCUUGUGUUGUGAUACUUGGGCAUUAAAACCAUGGUAGCUCCUGUU